CUCUUUUUAGCAGCAACAUAGAAGCCGGCCAUAUUAGAGAGAUGGAAAUAAAGCCUCCUUAAUGUUGUCUAUGCCUUUGAAGUAUAUCCGUGCAUUCCUUGUAGCCUCUCACCAUCCCCCCCUCGUGGUCCUUGGCCCCCUAAUCACCCUCUCCCACAGCCCACCCGAUCAGCAUCUCAGUCUCUGAAAAUGCCCAGAGAUGCGUGGCUACCUCACCCUGCCUUCAGCCUCACGGGGCUCGGUCUCUUGUUCUCUCUGGUGCCCCCGGGACAGAGCAUGGAGGUGUCGGUACCCACAAUCCUCAGUGUCCUCAACGGCUCUGACGCCCGCCUGUCCUGCACCUUCAACUCCUGCUACAUGGUGAACCACAAGCAGUUCUCCCUGAACUGGACCUACCAGAGCUGCAGUAACUGCUCCGAGGAGAUGUUCCUCCAGUUCCGCAUGAAGAUCAUCAACCUGAAGCUAGAGCGGUUCCAGGACCGUGUGGAGUUCUCAGGCAACCCCAGCAAGUAUGAUGUGUCAGUGACGCUCAAGAAUGUGCAGCUGGAUGACCAAGGCACCUACAACUGCUAUGUGAUGAACCCGCCAGAUCGCCAUCGCGGCCAUGGCAAGAUCAGCCUGCGGGUCCUCACAGAAGAGCCCCCCGAGCGGGACUCCACAGUGGCAGUGAUCGUGGGCGCCUCUGUGGGGGGUUUCCUGGCCGUGGUCAUCUUGGUGCUGAUGGUGGUCAAGUGUGUGAGGAGGAAAAAAGAGCAGAAACUGAGCACGGACGACCUGAAGACGGAGGAAGAGGGCAAGACGGAUGGAGAGGGCAACGCGGACGAGGGCGCCAAGUAGCAGGCGGCUGGCCUGCAUUCCCUCCCUGGGCCCUGACUCCUGCCACUCCCUGCCCGGUCCUGUGUCACCCUCCCUGCUCUCUCUGGUUGUGUUUCUUUUGAACUAGGACCUCCUCCCCACCCACGCUGGGACCUUUCUGGAACUCCUCACUUCUUACCCCCUGCCCUGCACCAGGAGUGAUUGCCUGUCUUCCAUCUGGGACACCUGUGACGGCAUCUGGGAGUGUGGGCCUGGGACAGCAACAGAAGGGGCUGCAACCUGCACCCUAGGAGUGUCCUGAAGACAAAUUAGGGCAGGGUGGGGGUAGGUGGGGGAGCCGGACGAAAGGUCUUGGCGUGACAUGGACAUGAACCCUGGUCCAGGGCCCUGUGUGUGGCCCUUGUCCCUUUUAUUGCCAACUGCCACUACACUGUCCUGCUGCUGCCUGGUCCCCUGGGCAUGCUGGUGAGGUCAGAUAGGGCAAAGC